UUUAAAUAUGGAAAAUAAAAAUAAGUGCUUUCUAGGCACCCUAUAUAAAUGUACAUACAAAUCAGCACGUUGUGUGCUUAGUAGCAUGGCGGCGUUAAAAAAAACCGGUUGAUUUGUUGAUAUUUUAUACCCAAACCCAAAUUUUUAAAGGAAAUCCCAAAAAUGAUAAAGAUAUCGGCGUUGAACGAAGAGUCCAGUGAAGAAAGCGAGGAAGAAGAUGUACCGACUAUCACGAAAGAAGCUCAAGAACAAAUAGCUCUUACUGAAUAUAAUAGAGCCUUAGUAUUGUUAAAAGAAAAUAAACAAGAAGAUGCACUAAAUAUUUUUAAAGAUCUUUUAGAAACUGAACUAUUGGAUGAAGUUGAAAGACCUGAAAUACCUGAUGGUAGAUCUAGACCAAUGUUGUCAUUAAAAUAUUCUUGUUUUAAAAAUAUUGGGGCUAUACAAGCCACAUUAGGAAAUUAUGAUGAAGUUAUAGAAAACUAUUGGGAAGCAGCCAAUUUAGAUGAUACAGAUGUAACACUAUGGUAUAGAAUAGGCACCAUAGCUAUGAAAACUUCUAAUUUAGAACUAGCCUGUUCAUCAUUUAAGCAAGGUUUAAAGUGCAAUGCAAACCAUUGGCCAUGCUUGGAUAAUAUGAUAACUGCCUUGUAUGCAGUUCCUGAUUAUAUGAAUUGUCUUUUGUAUAUUUCUAUGGCAUUAGAACGUGAUCCUAAUUAUGUGAAAGGUUUAGCUUUUCGUGAUAGGAUAUUUAAAGACAUUCCAUGCCUUGAAGAAUGCUAUAAAUUAUAUAAUAGUGACUGGCAGUUGGAUCCACCAUUAUAUACUCAGUAUGAUCAUCUAAUAGGAGAGAAGUUAAUAGCAGAAGCAAAAGAUAUUGCCAGCAGAUGGGCAGAAACUUGUAAAAUAGAAUUUUGUCCUAAACCAUUACCAGAUCUGGCACUAAGAAGACCUAUAAAAAACUACAGCUGGCUAGAUUUAGGAGAAUGUUUAUUGGAUAUGCACAGAUACAUCACAGAAAAUAACUUAAGUUUUGUUAGUAGAAUUAAUUUAAUUAUUCAUAAUUCUGAGGAAACAUCUAAAACACAUACUGAAGAAGAUACUCAAACAAAUGAUGUUAAUACUGAUCAAGAAGUAUUACAAAAUAUCAUAACAAAGAAUGAAAAUGACAUUGAAAAACCAAUGAAGAUGGAAACAGAUGAAGCAAAUUCUCCAUUUAUCACAUCUGAUGACAAUCAAGCAUGUGGCGGUGCUGAAUCAUCUAUGAUGGAAAUUGAAAUAGAAGAUGAUAAAAAGUCAUGUUCAACUGAUGUACAAAUAAUAGAAGAUGAAGAUCCUUUAAGAAUUUCAGAUACAGAUGCUGCACAGUUUGAAGAACAGAGUCAGGCAAAAAAUGACUUAGACGAGCAAAAUAAUUUUGAAACAGAUGAAAAUAGGGAUAAAUUAGAAAAAAUAAUGGAUGAAACUGGUAAUGAAGCACAAAAUGAUAAUAUUAGUGAUAAGGAUAGUAACAAAUCCAAUGAUGAAAAGAAUUCAAAGAAAGAAGAUAAAGUGCAAUGUAAAACAGAAGAAAAAUUGAAUGACAAAAAUGAAGGCAAGGAAGAAGUUCAAAAAGUAAAGAAGAGAAGAAGAAGUGCCCUAUGUUUUUUGCAGCAGUGGGCUUGGAGUUGCAAUAGCAUGAGGCGUUCAGCAAGAGUAAGAAGUUCAAACAGAAGAGAAGCUGAAAGAGAUGAUGUUCAAUUAGAAGAAACUCUUAGAAGAAUAUUUCCCAGUACAUUAUUACCAGAUACUGUAAAAUUGACCAAAGAUGAUCCUUCUAAAAAUAUGGAUGAUUCUAUGGAUACAAUGGAAUUAUAUCAACUAUUUGCUAAUCAAGAAAAUAAUAGUAAUACUAUAGAAACAGUUAAAAGUUCUGAAAGUUCAAAAUCACCAAGUCCAGAUACAAGUCAACAACAAAAUUAUUUCGGAACAGAAUCCGAAGUAGCUGAUGUAAAUAUGUUUAUUAAUGAAUACAGUAGUAAAAGUAAUUUAAUGAUAAUUAUAGCAAAAUAUACAGAAUUUUUAUGUACUAAAUGGAACCAAGAGUGGUCUAAAGGAAUAUUAGAAAUAUAUUUGCAAGUUUAUACAUUUAUGAGGGAACACAUUCCACAUCCAUCACCAUUUGAAGAAGAUGUUAAUGACGAUAUUUUAAAAUUAGAUGCUGAAAUGACUUUAUUAUUUGGUGAACUUCAUACAGAUAGAUGGUUAAGUAAUAAACCAGAUGUUCUACCUUCUUCAACAUUAGAUAAACUUGGUACAGAUAUAGGACAUAUAAUUUUUACAAGUGUCAGAAAGGAUAUUUUAAGUGAAGAAAAUAUUUUUAUAUUAUUAAGGGUUUUGUGGCUCAAAGCUAAUAUCUUUUUGUGCCAAGGAGAUACAGAUAUUGUCAUUGAAACUUUAGAAUUGCUAUUAAGCCAUAUGCGAGAAUUGGAAAAACAAAAUAAAAAAAUCAUUUAUUUGAAACUGCCUAAUUGUAAAUAUAAUUCUCAAAUCAGUAUUAAAAUAGUGGAAAAAAAGCUUAAGUCUAUUCAAAGAGGACAGAAAUUAGGAGAGAUACAAAAUCUUUACGACGAGAAGAAAUACGCCGAACUAGCCUACAUAUUACAAGAUACGUUUAAAUUUGCUAAACAAGGAAAUAAAUUUUUAUCCGUAAAUGAUAAUAUCGUUGAUAGGGUACAACAGUUAUCUAUGUUAUUAGACAGCUUAUGGCAGCUACAGCAAUAUGAGGAAUGUUAUGUAUGGGCAGAAGCUUGUCUCAACGAAGCAUGGCAAAAUUAUUUAAAUGCUACUGAUGAAGUUGAACAAAAGAAAUGGACAAACUCUGUUUUAAUGGCGCUUGAAAAAUUAGAAGCUUGUACAAUUGAAGUCAGCACUUUUGUUGUGAAAUAUUUACCGGAAACACGUCUUUCAAGAUUAGUACAAAAUUUGGUUCACAUUGUUUGCAAUCAAUUAGAUGUAUCAGAAACUACUGUAGAGAUGCCACUUGAGACUGUUUUGCCUUGGAUCUUAUUGCAUUAUAUUUUGCAGUAUAAGGAAGAUAAAGAGAGAGCAAAGGCUGAAUCGUCGUACAAAAAUAAACAUAAUUCUAAUUAUUCUGAAUCAGACGAUGAAGAUGAAGGUGUUCCAGCAUCUAUUAUGAUUUUAUUUAUUGCCCAUGACUUUAUGGGAAGGCACUCAUGGUGUUGUUACAACGAAGCAAAACUCUUAUUCUUUACUUUAAAUUUAGUUAUUCCAAAACUGGAAACACCGCAAUUUUCCAGCAUAAAGAACAAAGUUUCAAAGUAUUUGGAACAAAUAUUUUAUUGUUUGUAUGGUCAUUAUAAUAAAGUGAACAAAGGUCGACCAAAACAUAUAGAAGAGCACGGAGUACCGCAAAUGAAAGUGACUUGGGAAGGAGCACAAUUAUUGUUUGACUUUUAUAAACCCAAACAAAUACCAGAAUUUUGUUCACCUAGAUCUUUAACUAUCAGCGCUGACACGGAAGAUCUGUUUAAACGUAUAAUAAAGUUAAUUCCUUCAGAAAGUGAUCCAAAUCAAGUAAUCGAUGAAAUGAUGGCUUAUAUAAUGGGUGAACGUGAAACGAUGCCGACCGUCCAAAAGCUCCUACCGCAUUCCAUGUCUACUAUUUAUUACUUAUUAGCAGAUUUUUAUUUUAAAAAUUGUAAGUGGAAUGCAGCCAUUCGAUAUUAUUUAUUAGAUUUAUGUUUCCAUCCAACAAGAUUAAGCUCUUGGACUGGAUUAGCCAUGUCGUCAGGCACUGUAAUAGAUACUUGGUUAAAUAAAUAUAAACCAAUAAAUGAAGAUAAACUUUUAGCGAAAGCAAAGUUAACUCAAUCCAGUUAUCGACAUGCUGUUGAGUUAGAUUCUUGUAAUCAUAUUAUUUGGACUGAAUACGGAACAUUCGCAUACGUUGUUCAUUCAUUUUGUUCACGAUUAUUAAAACAGGAGACAGACACGUUGAGUAUGGAACGAUUUGAAAUUUUAGAAACUAGGAAAGAAGAAAUGUUGGAAAUUGCGUAUCAGUGUUUUCAAUCUUGUGCUCGUUUGUUUAUUGGUGUUAAAGAUGGAACAAUGCCACAUGAUGAAAGAUGGUUGUAUCAAUAUAUGCUCGGCAAAGUGGCUGAAAAGAAAAAUCACGAUCCUCCUAUAUAUUUAGAACAUUAUGCAAAGGCUAGUGAAUUAUUAUAUCACAAUAAUGCACAAUAUCCACGUAGGAUAAGCCAUAAGUGCCCACAACAUCUUUCAGUUGAAGCAUUAGAAGUACACUAUCGAAUUCACGCGAGCAUAUUGAAAUAUCUCGAACAGCAUGAGGGAAAACCUCUGAAAAAGUCUUUAGGACAAUUACUUCAAUUCCAUCUUGAAAAAUGUGCCAAAGGACCUUUCAUGAAAUAUACUUCAAAACUAAACGAAAAAACUAAAGAAGAAACUCUUUUAACAACUAAUAAAAAUACUGGCAAAGAAAUAGAAUUUACAGUAGAAGGCGAUAAAAAUGUUGUUAUGUUCGGUCAGCGCUCGAAUAGUAUCGAGGAGAUCGAAAUCAUAGACAGAACAAAUAAAGGAUUUGGAGCGAAUCAACGUAUCGAACAAGGCAAAACUGAAACGCGUAAAAGAUCUCCUGCAGAAUUACCACAAGAUAAUGUAAAGAAGAUAAAAUUAGGUAAUGUAUCUCACUUACAAUUAAUGCAAGAUGUCGUAGCUUUAAUAGAUGAUGUAAUUACAAAAGUUUGCGAUAUGGUUUCGCAAAAAGAAAAGACCGAUGACAUUAUGGUAUUAUCGAGCGAUGAAAGUAACGAAUCAAAGUCACAAAAAAAGAAAGCAAAGAAAGCUAUUGAAAAAAUGAAGCUGCAAACAAAAUCAGAAGAUGGUAAAAAAAGUUCAUUUACUUCUUUAAAAAUUGGCACUGUAUUCGAAAGUGAUGGAAAGUCGGAAAACGUUCAAGAUUUAAUGGAUGCACUUAUGAAACAAGCAAUGGAAAUUAGCCAGGAAACACGACAAUCUUCACCUGAAGACGAAGAUACUCGAAAAUUUGAAGGAAAAUGGUUACAAAAUGAAGAUAUACAUGUAAAUAAUAAAGAAAUGAAAGAUAAAAUUCCCGACAAAAAAAAGCAUGCAAGUACUAACAAGGAAGAAGUAACAUUAAGUAGAAGAGGUUCACAAGAAAGUACGACAACUACACAAACAACUACGACAACGACGGAAACAAAUAAUUCUAGUUCCAGUAGUAGUGAUGAAUCAAGUAGCAGUGACGAUAGUUCUGAUAGCGAUAGUUCUAGUGAUACCGAGAGUGAUUCUGGUGAAAGUGAAAGUGAAAAAAAGAAGGAAAGCUCAGAUUUUGUCCAAAAAGAAGAAAAUAUGAUGGAAGAAGAAGUUGCUACUUUGAUAGCUUACUGUUUAGCUGGUUUAGAACAAUGCAUCUUAAGAUUUUCUGAACAUUAUAAGUCAUUUUAUAGAUUAUCGCAUUUCUUCUUCAAUAAUAAGACUGCUAAGGAUAUAAUAAAAUGCAGGAAUCUUUUAUUGGACAGCUAUAAUUGUCAAUUUUAUCGGGGCGAAAGUUUUCAAGGAUUGUUUGGUGAUAGAAAAAGCACUAAUUUUUUCAGUGGUGUCUGGCAUAUACCAAAUAGAGAAGUUGAUAGACCAGGAAGUUUUGCAUUUCAUAUGUCUCGUUGUGUAACAUUAUUAAUGCAAGUACUUAAAGAAACAAAUGAUGGUCGAAUGUUAAUGCAAUUGAGUGUGCAACUUGGGAAAAUACCAGAAUCAGACAAAAAAUAUUUACGUGAUUCGGAAAGAGAACAAUUAUCACGUCAAGCAUUAACUCUUUGUUUACAAUCUCUUAGAACCAAGGUGCAAUUAAUGGGAACAAGUACUUCUGAUCUUGCAUCCAAUAAGAAUGCAGAUGCUAGAACCCAAGUACUUCUAGAUACCUAUUGGGUAUAUCAGAGAGCUUUAAAAAGCUUUCAGACUAAGGAGCAAACUACACAAACACUUGCUUCUUUGCUGGUUGAUACAUACAAGACAUAUAUCGGCAAUAAAAGCUUGGAAGGAAAUGUUUUAGAAAUUGCUACAAAAUAUUGUAAUGAUUAUAAUUAUAAUCGGAAAGUUUUAAGCAAAUUCUUCUCUAGUCUUGACAAACCUUCUACAGAUAAUCAAACACAACCUCAAGCUACUUCUCCAACUCCUGUGACCACAUCUCAGUCACAGGUUACUUCUACAUCACCGCAAUCUUCUCAAAGCCGAAAACCAUAUAAAAAUUUGACAUCUACUGGUCGACCAAGAGGUCGUCCACCCAAUGUAAAUAAAUAUCUACAAGCCAUGCAACAAAGUAGUAACGCCAUGAAUCAAUUCAAUGCUAAAGCUACUUUUCCUAAUUACAUGGGAGCAUCGGGGAAUCGUUCUUUAAUGAAUCCAUAUUUUAUGCAUCCAUUAGUUGAUCCAAAUAUAUUGUCUGCUUUAUUAACAAGUGGUUUAAGCAGUAGUAUGAUGGAUCCUUUAUCGGCUAUGAAUUAUUUGAAUCAAAUGGGAAAUUAUCAAGACAUUCUAAGACAGUAUCAAAAUAAUCUCUCUUCCCUAUCAAAUUUAACCAGUGGAUUAAGUAAUACAAUUGUUACUGCACCUAAUAUUAGCAGCGUACCUACAAUGAGUACCUCUAGUUCAAGUAUGAAUGCUGCUCCCAGUAUGAGCAGUUUAGGAAACUUAAACAAUUUAACAGUACAACAAUUGUUGAGUUUAAGUAAUUCUACAGCGACAACAGUACGUUCUACACCUAUGUAUCAACAAGCAGCUACGACAAAAACUACUACCACUGCAUCAGUGACUAAGGACAGACCCAGUAUAUCGAUAACGCCAGUAAAUACGGUACCACCUAAAAGUAAAUCGUCGAAACAAAGUCCACAAAGCGAUUCUUUACCAGUUCAACUUCCAAAAUCUUUGCAAAUAUCACAACCAUCAAAGCCUAUUUUACAACCACCAACUACACAAGUUUCUCUGCUGAAGCCAUCUAUUGUUCACACACACGUUAAAACUAGUCCACCGAAACAAAUAAGUGCGCCUCAAAUUCGAGUUUCGAAGUCGUUGACUGAACCUCAACCAGCGCACAAUUCAUCUUUGUCGCAUUCUCCUUUGAAAAGUAGUGCAACAACAAACCCAUCUGUAGUUCCUCAAGUUGCACAUGCAGCAAUAAGUCCAUCAAUGGGCAUGAAGCAAACAUUACCUAUGAAUGUUCCCAGUUCUCAUUCAGGAACGUCAUUACAACAUAAAUUGUUAUCAAAGAAAAAUUCACAGAGGUCAUACUCGCAGACAAAUGUUCAAAAUCUAGUUAGAAAAACAAAAUCAGCUAAAACAAUGUCUGCAUUACCAAGUAAUUUAUCGAAUAUAUUGAAUGCAAUGCCUGGAAAUUCGUCGAUGCCGCAACCACCUUACAUACCACCAGAACUAAGUGGAAUCUCUGUAAGUCCAAUUAAUCCUCAAGCUGGCUUAAAAGCUCCCUGUACAAAAUACUCACAAUACAAGAAAUCGUGUACAAAAACAAAACAAGCGCCAAUGGAUAUAACUAAUUCCUUGCCAAAUUCAUAUUCGCAAGGUAAUUCCGUGGAGGCUUUCUCGAUGCUUUCCCAAUUGAAGCAACAUUCGCAUUUAGAAAUCAUACCUCAACAAAAAUCUCAGCAAAUGAAACCGAGUAUGGAAUACGCAAAAAACUUAUCUACGGGUGUGAGUGUGGUUCCACAAAAAGUGUCAGAAUCUCUAAGGCCAUCAGACUGUAAAAUCAUAUACGAUUUACCGAGGGGGAAAUCGAGUAGUGCUCCUAGUAAAAAAGGAGACAAAGCCACCAAUGAUAGCGUUGAAAUCAUAACUUUAGAUGAUUAAAAGCCCACUAUGAAACAUUAGU